UCGAAGCUCACCAUUUCUCUCUCCCACGAUACGCUUGAUGCCAUGGACGUAUGCGGAUGCUUUAUGUAUCAGUACGCGCUUGACUGCGGCCGGCGUGCCCCGUGUUUCCAUAUGCGCCACUCUAUCAGUAGAUAUGGAGCUAGCUGUCAAGUAGAGGAGCGCGGUUCAUUAUUACUACCAAUUUCCGGUUCCAGGCCAUGAUUGGUGAAUGGGGCUCGACCAGCAACGGGACAAUAGUGCAAGGUCGCGUUGUAAGUGUAGCAAGUUGCGGGCUGGCCAAUAAGAGUCCGACCGGUAAGUUCGAGAGUGCCAACGGUCAAGAUGUUCAUGAGACAUGCAGCCGCGAGUGACCAUGAGCGGAAAGCACCAAAAUCUGACUAUAUAAGACCGGUUUUCUUCGAGGUAGAGAUAGUCACAGAUAAACUCAUUUCAUGCUGGCUUCUUCACCAAUCCCCCCAGCGACCCUGACACCUCGCCUCAAAUUCAAGAUGCCACCAACAGAGUUUCCUAAAUAUCCAACACUGCCAUCACUCAGAUUGGCCAAUGCCAAAGACAUCGAUCGAAUGGCUGGCCUGAGUGUAUUGGGUUUCAAGGAUUCGGAAAUCCUUCGUUAUGAGCGACCCCAUUUCAAAGAAUACCCUCAAGACGCACUAACUUCAUUCGCCAAUAUCUAUCGCAGCCAGCUCUCGGACCCUCUAGCAAUUACCAUUGUGUCUGAGGAUUGGCGCGUACCUGAUGAGUUAUCUGACUUUCCGCAACGCACCGAUCCACCGGCCGCAGAGCGGGUUGUAGUGGGUGUAGCUAGCUGGAAUCUUCCCAAGGGCUCGCGCCGCGCAGGGCAAUUCGUUGUGCCAGAUGUCGGCCAUCUGGAGCCAUCACCUGACCGGGAUCUGUGUCAGCACCGCUUAAAUCUUUUCACUCGCAUCACAGAGGUAGAAGAGAAGAAAUACCUUGAGGGAUCCAUGACUUGCAACAAGUUGGUGGUUCACCCUUCGUACGGAGGCAAAGGCCAUGCCACGUUCAUGUUGCAAUGGGGACUGCGUCUAUGUGAGGCAGACAGCGUCAACCAGGGUGUGAUUCCCUCUCACAUAGGGGAGCCAUUAUACGUCAGUCUCGGCUACAAAGUGAUCGGCGAGAUCAAAAUUCCGGACGAUGGAGAUGUCGAGGGAUUCACCCAAAGGGUGGCUCUGUACAGCGUCCAAUAAGGAAACAGUGGAGAACAGUGUGCUAGCAAUAUACAGCAGACACUGAUGGUGUAACAAUACUGUUUCUCUCAGAGCAUAUAGUGAGAAUUGGACAAGAAUUUCCUGGUCCACAUUCCCAUGAUACGAUAUCGUGUCAUUGAACGUUUAGAUGUGUUUCUUGAGCCAGAAAACCAUCAAUGGUGUAAAUCUUUCAGCUAUGCUUCAUGAGCACAUGAGUUUUAAUCCUACCCGAACCAGAUUUUGAUCUCAAGAGAGUUUCUUCAGUUGUUGGUGCUGAUCUUCAAGCCAUAACGCGCGCGGUAUGGAAAUAGAAGAAGAGCCUAUAAGUUCAGUUAGCCAGCAAAAGCUCAAAAGUCGCCCCAGGGUCAUCAGAUAAAUGCUGCAUAUCCUUUCAACCAAUGAAUAAACUAUUGUUCUCUUUGCGUGGAAUCUGCUUGCGGCGACUGUCCAAAGAAUGUUGAAGUUGCGU